AUGCAAGUCACGCAAUACCGGCUGCCGCCCACGGCACUGAUGCCCAACUCGCCCUACCCGCUCCUGCACUACCGCGGGCUGGAGAUCGAGCCCAAGGCCAGCAAGUUCUACGACCUGUUCAGCCAGAACGGAUGGCGUGUGCAAUGGAUCUACCGGUACGGCGAGACGCAGCGGUCGCACUACCAUUCAAGCGCGCACGAGUGCAUGGUGGUGCUGUCGGGCACGGCGACCAUCCGCUUCGGCGUCGGCGACACGUCGCUCGACAUGGACGACAACACGUACGGGCCCGCGCGCGAGCAAGGCGGCGUCGAGAUCGAGGCCCGCCCCGGCGACGUCUUCCUGCUGCCGGCCGGCACGGCGCACAAGACGUACAACACCAGUCCCCGCGCCGAUUUCACCCUGCUGAGUCCCGGCGACGGGCAUGGUAUUGACGCCCAAGACCCGCGCGCCGCCCUCGACCAGGUCCCGCUGUCCGGAUUCACCAUGCUGGGCGCGUACCCGGAGGGCAGCAGUUCCUGGGAUUCGCUGAAGGGUGGAGAGAAGAAUUUCGACGAGUUCCGCUCUGUCUGGACGGUGCCCAAGCCUGAGAGGGAUCCCGUGCUGGACACUUCGCCCCAGGGCCUCAUGGGCUUGUGGCCGGACGUUGACAUUGAUCUGCAGACGGCGGAAGCCCCCCAACGCCUGAGGAGUCGGCUGUAG